AUGGAAGAAGUUAUAAAAGAUAAAAUAAAAGGUUCUCCAGAGAAAAAACAGAAUGGGAAAGACGAAACAAAUCAAAGUCAAGAUACAAUAACGAACAAAGAACCCAUUGAGACAAAAGAUCCAUUUCUAAAACCUUUAUUAGAACAAAAAUAA